AUGCAUCACGAAAAUCAUACAGUGAUUUUGGAUUUUUUUCUCUUGGGAUUCCAGAAUCUUCGCUUAUUUAGGAUUCCAUUCUUCAUCCUUCUUUUUUCAAUAUACAUUAUAACAAUAACUGGCAACUUAUUCAUUGUUCUAUUAGUGUCACUCAGUCACACCCUCCAUACUCCCAUGUAUUUCUUCCUCGGACAAUUGUCAUUAUGUGAUACAUUGUUAUCUAUGAGUGUAGUGCCCAAUAUGUUGGAUGUUAUAUUAAAGGAAGGUAAAACAAUAUCUCUGCUUGGCUGUGUCACCCAGUUACAGAUGUUUGGCUGGUGUUGUAUUGCUGAAUGUUAUAUACUUACUGUGAUGUCCUGUGACCGAUACUUGGCCAUCUGUAAGCCACUUCAUUACUCUUCCAUUAUGGACUUUAAGAUGUGUCUCUAUCUUGUUAUGUUGUCCUGGUCUCUUGGCUUUCUUUUCUCCAUAAUUACUUGUGUUUUAAUUUAUGAAUUGGAAUUCUGUAAUCACAAUAUAAUUGAUCAUUUCUUCUGUGAUUUUCUUCCAAUUGUAGAUCUUUCAUGCUCAGACACUUCUGUUGUUGACUUGGAGGUCUUUAUGGUCACUCCAUUUAUACUACUAUUUCCAUUUGUAUUUGUCAUUGUCACAUAUAUCUACAUAUUCUUAACUAUCCUUGGGAUAUCCUCCAUUACGGGGAGACAGAAAGCCUUCUCCACCUGCAGCUCACAUUUAACUGUUGUGUGUUUAUAUUAUGGAACACUAAUUAGUAUAUAUUUGAGCCCGUCCAAAGGAUACUCACUCAAUAUCAAUAAGAUCACAUCUCUGUUUUACACUAUGGUUACCCCAUUGUUUAACCCUGUUAUUUAUAGUGUGAGAAAUCAGGACAUCAGAAAAGAAUUGAAUGUUCUCAUUAGAGAAAAAGAACAUGGCUGUUUCUACUAA